GCAGCCCCCGGCUCGAGGGAGAGGACCACGGCCUUCAGUACGUGGGUGGCCAAUAUGCUCAAAACUUGUCCUUGAGGGCAUGCUCGUAUAGUGCGACCAAAUUACGAUUCACACGAGGAAUCAGCGGCAGCAUCAGCGAAAACGGAUCGUAAUCAUCGAAAUCUCGCUGAAGUGCUUCGAAGGCUCGAAGACACUCUCACCUCAGGAUAUACGAUGGCUACACAAACUUUGCCCUCGGCCAUCGAGCAGCCGAGUGUUGAGCGCCAAACUCCGUCGAUUCUGCAUGGGCCCGUCGACCCUCCACUGAGCGACUUUACCCUCGGUGAACUCCUCGAACUACAGUGCCAACACAAUGGGGAGGCAGAUUGCAUCAGCAUCCCCUGGACGGGAGCUCGCUGGUCCUACGACGACCUCCGUCGGCAGUCCAGCCUCAUUGCACGCGCCCUACUCGCCGAGGGAAUCCGGCACGGCGACCGAGUGGCCAUCAUGGCUGGCAACUGCGAGCAAUAUGCGGCCAUCUUCUUCGCGACGGUGAGGAUUGGCGCCAUCCUCGUUAUACUCAACAACACAUACACACCCUCGGAAGCCAUGUACGGACUCGAGUUCACCGCGUGCAAGGUCCUCUUCACCACCAAGAAGAUCGGAAGGACAAAUAACGAGCCACUGCUCGCACAGGUCGCAGCCAAGGACGACGCGCCCAAGGUGGUCAUCCUGAGGGGCGACGGUGAGGGCUAUAGGACAUACGAGGACAUGAUCCUGCAGGGAAGCAAGCAAGACAAAGCCGAGCUAUACAGGCAGGAGACCAAAGUAUCCACGUACGACGUGUGUAACCUCCAGUUCACGAGCGGCACGACGGGAAACCCCAAGGCAGCAAUGCUCACGCACCACAACAUCGUCAACAACUCUCGCUUCAUCGGUGACCGCAUGCGCCUCACCAGCCACGACGUACUCUGCUGUCCACCGCCGCUGUUCCACUGUUUCGGCCUCGUCCUCGGGCUCCUGGCGGUGAUUACCCAUGGUGCCAAGAUCGUGUACCCAGCGGAGGUGUUUGAUGGCCCAGCGACGAUCCGCGCGAUCCAGGAGGAGCAGUGCACCGCACUCCACGGCGUGCCAGCCAUGUUCGACACGCUCCUGGCGCUCCCGGAGGCGGCCUCCCUCGACGCAUCGCAGCUUCGGCUCCGCACGGGCAUCAUCGCCGGUGCCCCCGUGCCGCGAUACCUGAUGGAGCAGCUUGUGUCGCGGCUGGGCAUGACCGAGUUCACGUCGUCGUACGGCCUCACCGAGGCCAGCCCGACGUGCUUCAACGCCUUUACCGACGACCCAAUCCACACGCGGCUCACGACGGUGGGCACGCUGAUGCCGCAUGCCUACGCCAAGAUUGUCGACCGCGACGGCAACACGCUGCCCGUGGGCCAGAGGGGCGAGCUGCUCAUGGGCGGGUAUCAGUUGUGCGCUGGGUACUGGAACAACAGCGAGAAGACGGCCGAGGUCAUGACGCGAGACGAGAACGGGAUGCUGUGGCUGCACACGGGCGACGAGGCCGUGUUCGACGAGCAUGGGUACUGCAGCAUCACUGGGCGAUUCAAGGACAUUAUCAUUCGAGGCGGCGAGAACAUCUACCCUCUUGAGAUCGAGGAGCGGCUCAUGGCACACCCGUCAGUCUCGCUCGCGGUGGUGGUGGGCCUGAAAGACGAGCACUACGGCGAGGUGGUGGGCGCGUUCCUGGACAGCAAGCCGACGGCCAAGGGUGCUGAGUCGCGGCUCACCAAGGCCGAGGUGCGCGAAUGGGUCACCAAGAGGCUCGGCAAGCACAAGGCGCCCGCCCACGUCUUCUGGAUGGGCGAGGGCGGCGUGCCGGCCACCGUGCCCCUGACGGGCAGCGGAAAAGUGCGCAAGUUCGAGCUGGCCAAGCUGGGCGAGGAGAUGCUGUCGAAGCAGGUGGGCAAGCAGGCCAAGCUUUAGAUCUUGUUGCCCACCCCCUUCUUUGUUUUUCAUGUUUACACUUGUUUCCAUUUUGGAUGUGGUUCUGCUGUCGGAGUUGGAGGAAGAAAGAUAUCCCAAGAGGUAGAUAUUAGAUAUUAGUAAAC